ACCAGUCCAACCCUCAAAUAUAUUUUGUCGUGUUUCAUCGUGACAUUAACUGCUGGAAUACCGAACCUUUUUUCCGGUUGCUUUAUAUUUUGCACUGGACACAGAGUCGAACAGGCUGAGGACGCAUUUUCUGUCAGGAUGGGAGACAAAGGAUUUUCAGCGCUCCGUCUGAUCGUCUACUUCGCUUCCUUUAUUUUAACGCUUAACGUCGUUUAUGGAGACCUGAGUUAUUCAAUUGCAGAAGAGAUCAAACGAGGGUCUGUUAUUGGACAUAUAGCGAAGGAUCUUGGUCUUGAUCUGAGGAGUUUAGCUUCUAGACAGUCUCGUGUUGAUUUUGGUGGAAGUCGGAAAAGGUACUGUGAUAUUAAUCUGAAUACCGGAGAUUUCAUCACGUCAGAGAGAAUCGACAGAGAAAGUCUUUGUGGCAAGAAACCAUCGUGUGUUUUGAAAGUAGACCUGGUGUUAGAAAAUCCUCUGGAGCUCCAUCGUGUAAGUAUUCAUGUUCAAGAUGUGAACGACAACUCGCCGCAAUUCAACGAGAAUUUUAUUGAAAUGGAAAUAAGGGAGUCAGCUGAGAAGGGCAACCGCUUCUCAAUCGAGGAGGCCCAUGACGCAGAUAUUGGUCACAAUGCUGUUCAGAGGUACAACCUGCAAAAGAACGACAACUUUAUUCUCUCUGUAGAUAAUAACAAGGUCGAACUUGUUUUGGAGAAUAAACUCGACCGAGAGAAACAGAAAGAGAUGAGUCUGCUCCUCACAGCUCUAGAUGGAGGCUCUCCUCAGAGAUCAGGCACCGUGGUCAUACACGUCACUGUGCUGGAUGCUAAUGAUAACGCCCCAGUGUUCAGUCAGGCCGUUUAUAAAGCCAGUCUGCCUGAAAACUCUCCUCCUGAUACCGUAGUGAUUAAUGUCAGUGCUACUGACGCAGACGAAGGAGUGAAUGGAGACGUGACAUAUCAGUUUGGUCACGUGUCUGAAGACGUUAUAAAUAUGUUUUCUAUUGAUCCAAAAACUGGAAAAAUUACAGUAACUGGAGUGAUUGACUUUGAAGAAAUUAGUUCUUUUGAAAUGAGAGUGAAAGCUAAAGAUGGAUUAGGGCUAACAUCGUACGCUAAAGUUAUAAUAGAUGUUACUGAUAUAAAUGACAACGCUCCAGUUUUAUAUCUGAAAUCGCUGACUAACGCCAUUCCUGAGAACGUGUCACCUGGUUCAGAGGUGGGCAUCAUUAACGUGCAGGAUGCAGAUUCGGAUAAUAACCAAAAGGUCCGAUGCUCCAUUCAGCAAAAUGUUCCUUUUAAGUUAGUUCCUUCAAUUAAAAACUAUUAUUCUCUGGUGACCACAGGACAACUGGACCGUGAACUAGUGUCAGAUUACAACAUUACAAUCAGUGCCACUGACGAGGGCUCUCCACCUCUAUCCUCCUCUAAAACUGUUCACUUAUCUGUAGCUGACAUCAACGACAACCCACCUGUGUUUGAGGAACAGUCCUACAGCGCAUAUGUGAGUGAAAAUAACAAACCUGGCUCCACUUUAUGUUCCGUUACUGCUCGAGACCCCGACUGGAGACAGAACGGUACAGUGAUUUAUUCUCUGUUACCCGGUGAGGUGAACGGUGCCCCGGUGUCCUCCUAUCUGUCAGUUAACGGAGACACGGGGGUGAUCCACGCUGUGAGGUCGUUUGACUAUGAACAGUUCAGGAGCUUUAAAGUCCACGUGGUGGCCAGAGACAACGGUUCUCCUCCGCUCAGCAGCAACGUGACCGUCAGCGUCUUCAUAUCGGACGUGAACGACAACUCUCCUCAGAUCCUGUACCCCGCCCCGGAGGGCAACUCCUUCAUGACCGAGCUGGUCCCCAAAGCUGCACACGGAGGCUCUCUGGUGUCCAAAGUGAUAGCGGUGGACGCGGACUCCGGACAGAACGCCUGGCUGUCCUAUCACAUAGUCAAGUCCACUGAUCCGGGACUUUUCACCAUUGGUGUCCACAGCGGAGAGAUCAGGACACAGAGGGACAUUUCUGAAUCUGACAGCAUGAAACAGAACCUUAUUGUGGCGGUGAAAGAUAACGGACAGCCCUCUCUCUCUGCCACCUGUUCCAUGUACUUACUUAUUUCUGAUAACUUGGCUGAGGUGCCAGAGCUGAAGGACAUUUCUUAUGAUGAGAAGAAUUCAAAACUGACCUCUUACCUGAUCAUCGCGCUGGUGUCUGUGUCCACCUUCUUCCUGACCUUCAUCAUCAUCAUCCUGGGUGUGAGGUUCUGUCGCAGGAGAAAGCCCAGACUAUUGUUUGACGGAGCGGUCGCCAUCCCCAGCGCUUAUCUCCCUCCUAAUUACGCAGAUGUUGACGGAACAGGAACUUUACGCAGCGCUUACAACUAUGACGCCUACCUGACAACAGGAUCUCGAACCAGUGACUUUAAGUUUGUGACGUCAUACAAUGACAACACGCUGCCUGCUGACCAGACUCUGAGGAAAAGUCCUUCUGACUUUGCUGAUGUGUUUGGAGGGGGUGAUGAUUCUCCUGAGGUAUGA